AUGUAUGUAAGUUAAACACGCGUAAGUUAAAACGCGUGCUUGUUCAAGAAGUCAAGUUGAAGAUGUAUUCGUCGUUUUCAAAAUUCUUGUCUUGUAUAACGAUUAUACAUAUAUUUCAUACAUCAUACAAAUUCUUUUAAAAUAAGUUCCAUUAAAAUUCUAUUAAAUUUCUAUAGAAAUUCUAUUAAAAUUUUAUAGAAGUUAUUAAAUAUUAAAAACUAUUUAAAUUUCUAUAGAAGUUCUAUUAAAAUUUAUUAAAAUUCUAUAGAAAUUCUAUUAAAAUAAGUCAUCAUAGUUUAAACGAUACUGCUGAUUGAUCAAGAUCGCUUGUAAAUCAAGGAUAUUUUUACUUGUAUUUUUGAAAAAGCACGAAUACGUUCUUUUCACAUCUGUAAUGCGAUAACGAGAGAGACACAGAUUUCGCCGACGUAUUGUUUCUAUGAGCAUCUUAGGUAUUCUAAUAAUCGUCGAGAGAUUUAUACAUACCUUCCCCCGUGUCUGCACUCUUCGAUUUUUAACAUUCCGACGAAAUUGCAUUCAUUUGGGAAGUGACAAGUGACCAUGCGUUUGCGAUAUCUCUUCGUUUGGUGACUAUAAGAGAAAGGUUUAUAUAGUUUCAGUUUUUCAUAAGAGUACCACUCGUGACGAAGGUAUACAGCAUUAUUAUAGUUGACGUAGCGUGUAAUACGUUCAUGACCAGACGAGAUAUAAAGUAUUACGUUUAUAUCAUCGUGUCUUACGAAUUCCACGAGGGACACAACGACAGUGUCAUUACACGUUUGAUUCAUUGUGCCAAAAUCCAACAUGUUCAAAUUCGUCAGACACGUGGCGACACUGCCGUGGAAUCUGAAGGGUUAUUAGCAAUGGUAGCCGACAAUGUUCAACAAUCUCAGCCGCGCGGUGAUUUACUAACCGGAAGCAAUAACGAGAAAGGAACGACGACGGAGGAGUCGGUAAACGAAACGAAUAAAUCCACCGGUGGCACGGUGAACGAAGAAGACUGUGCUAAGAAUCACGGUUGGAAGGGAUUCAGUCUGAAGAGGCAACUCAGCAGGGUCGAUCUGAAAAUAAAAAGUACUUUCACGCCGACAUUGGUGACGUCUCAGAAUGGGGGGCAAGACAGAGGCAAAUGUGCCUCGACGAGAUUUCCCAUCGAGUACGUUGGCGAAAAGUCGGCAGCCGCCGUACGGCCGGUUAAUCUGACGUUAGCCGAGACCUCCUGUGAAACGAAACCACCGCCGAGGCUGAUGAAAAUCGUCAGGCUGAAACAAGCGAAAAGGGAGGGUCGUUUAUUGUCCGUACCGAAUUUAAAGUUUGCGAAAAACGAUCCGGCGAUGAUUUGCGACCUAAGGUGCGAGGAAGCGAACACCGGCUCCGAAUCAUUCACCUGCAAUCUAAUAAGAAGAUUCAGUAAGUGUUUAAAAUUAGAGUAG